UCGGGUGACAUUAGCACUACUGUCCACACUGGCAAAGCGAACAUGAAGACCUCAACACACCUCGGCCGUUCCCUAGUGCUUGUGGCGCUGCUGGCCGUGUCCUGGGCCGGGGCUGCCCCUCUCGUGAUUGACCCGGAAAAAGAAGACGUGAGGGAUGAGGUACAGGCGUUCCUUGACCAAAAUCCUGCCAUUGCUGAGGAUCUGUACCCCGAGUUACUGGAUCUGGCGUAUGAGGUGAACAUAACAGUGAACCAAGAGGAUUUGUUGGACCUCCUUGACGGCUACGUGAGAGAGGCUACCGUGGAAGAGAUCGAGGAAGAACUUGAGAGGGAGGAGGAGGAGGAGGAGCUGGAGAAGGAGGAAGAGGAAAUGGAGAUGAUGAAAGAGGAAGAAGAACUGGAGAAGAUAAAAGAAGAAGAGUACGGAGACCCAAGAAAGAAAAGACAAACACUUUUAGGGAAUCUUCACCGCUCCAGUAAUGCUUACGGAAAGUCCAUCCAAGGCUCCCUUAGUCUGAGCCAUUCCUCGAACAACGGACGCCAUUCCUUCAGCGGCAACAUUGGAGCAGCCAAGCACACCAUCAAUGGGCUGGGCAGCGCCAAGAGUUACAGUGCAGGUGUAGGAUACAAGUACAGCCCCAACAAGAAAACUUCCUUUGGCAUCAGUGCCCACAAGAUCAUGAGUCCUGGCGGCGGCAGCUCGAAUGCGUUUGGUCUCUCUUUCUCUCACAAGUUUGGCCGUUAGGGGACGAUGUGCCGCAGCUUCUCACACCAACAACUAACUGCUCAUCCAUCUUGUCAAUAAGUUAAUGGGAAGUCGCUAUUGUACACUCGGGCACACACUUACUUGCCAUAUUGGUCUUUCAGUGUUAAGAAUACCAUUCGGGGUGGAUUUAGUAGCAAUGUUUAAAAGAAUAGAUAAGAUUUCACUAGCUUCAGUCAUAAUGUGCCAAUCAAAAUCAUGUUCCUGGGAAUCUUCACGUAUACUAGUAAGGCAUUCUUGGCUCUGUAUUUGUCUAAUUAUCUCACCAAUAAAAUCUUCAACACCCAUAAUAGUCA